AUCUGCGGUUUCUUCCACGCACCAAUCAUUUCGGCCACACUGCACACGGACGAAACUCGCUCGUCCUUCGCCUCCAGCAGCAGCCGAUCCGUAUCCAGUUCCCGUGCCGUGCCCACCAGGGGGAACCCGAUCGAUGGGAAACUGCUGUCUCGAGAGGCCUCGUCGCGGUGGCAGCGGCAGUGCGGGCUCCGUGCAUUACGCCAGGACGAACCCCGUGUGGGUGGAGGACAGGAGGGAGGAGGCGUGCAAGGGCGAGGGCGAGGGCGCCGGCCACGCGCCGGCGGCGGCCACGGAGGUGAAGAUCAGGAUCACUAGGAAGCAGCUGGAGGAGCUGCUGCGGCGCGUAGAGGACGGCAAGCACGGCGGUGGCUGCGGAGUGCCCGUCCAGGACGUCAUCUCGGAGCUCCUGUGCGUGGCCAGCACUAGCUCCAACUUCCGGCACAGGGAGGAGGGGCAGUGGCGGCCGUCGCUGCAGACCAUACCCGAGUGAGACGGACCAUGGUCUGAUUGACGAUCAGAUCAUGUUACUUGAUAUUACUUGCUGUUUUAGUUAUUUAGCACCUCCGUCAAUCCAUGCAUGCGUGGCUUAGCCAUUUGUUGCCAUAUUCAUACUAGUAGCAUAGCAUUAGAUACCAGAUAGGGUGUACAUUUGUUAGGUCUUGGAUCAGGAGACCAAUCUAUCUUAAUAAAGUAUAUUGAUAGACA